AUGACCUUACCAACAGAAACCCGACAGUGGAUCUUACGAGAGAAGCCGCAGAGUGUUCCUAUUCUCCGCGGCGACAAUACGACAUUUACGCUUAUAACUGCACCAAUCCCGAAGCUUCAGGACGGACAAGUUCUUCUCAAGGUUCAUUACAUCUCAAAUGAUCCGGCCCAGCGCACCUGGAUAUCUCCGAACAUCAAUAAAGUACGGUUCUACAAGUCUGCUGUUAAUGUCGGCGAGCCGAUGCGGUCCAAGGGUCUGGCUGAAGUCAUCGACUCUCGAGCCACUGGGGCAUCAAAUGGCGUCUUUGUUGUCACAAACACGGACUGGUGUGAGUAUAGCGUAAAGAACUGGAACGAAUGUCAAAUAGUCGAGGAGAUACCCGGUAUCAACUUGACCCACUAUCUUGGCGCGUUUUCGUUUUCCGGUUUGGCCGCUUAUAACGGCCUCAUUUCGAUCGGCAGGGCGACUAAAGAUAGCCUCGUGGUCAUCAGUGGAGCUGCUGGGGCAACGGGAAACAUGGCAGUCCAGAUCGCAAAGAAAAUGAUUGGGUGCAGGAAGAUUAUAGGAAUUGCUGGUAGCGACGAGAAAUGCCGGUGGGCUGAGAGAGCAGGAUGCGAUAUUUGCGUAAAUUAUAAGUCCCCGACGUUCGAGCAAGACCUCGAGGCAGCAAGUAAGGAGGGAGUGGAUGUCUACUUUGAUACAGACAACGUUGGCGGGGAGAUUCUGAACAUGAUGUUGCCUCUAAUGAACACAUUUGGCCGGAUUGUCGCGUGUGGAGCAAUUUCUAUGUACUAUGAUGAAGGGUCGAAGUUGGUUUUGACCAAUUACAGGGACUUUAUCUCUAGUCGUCUGACUAUGCAAGGCUUUGUCUCAAUCGACUUCAAAGAUACCGCUCAAGAAACAUGGAAGAUCUUGCGUGAAGCUGCGAAGGACGGCAUACUUGAGCUUGGACCUCAGCACGAGACUGUAGUAGAUGCCUCGUUCGAAGAUGUCCCGAAGAUCUGGGCGAGCAUGUUUGAAGGGAAAAACAUUGGCAAGCUGGUCGCCAAGUUGAUCUGA